GGGGCUCCGGGAGGGCUGAAGGACAACCGGGCUGUGCCAGGGUUCCGGGAGGGCUAAGGGACAGCCGGGCUGUGCCGGGGCUCCAGGGGGGCUGACAGCGACAACCGGGCUGUGCCAGGGUUCCGGGAGGGCUGAGGGACAGUCGGGCUGUGCCGGGGCUCCAGGGGGGCUGACAGCGACAACCGGGCUGUGCCAGGGCUCCGGGAGGGCUGCGAGGGAGAACCGGGCUGUGCCGGAGCUCUGGGAGAGCUGACAGUGACAACCGGGCUGUGCCAGGGCUCCAAGAGAGCUGAGAGGAGAACCGAGUUGUGCCGGGGCUCUGGGUGGGCUAACAGGAACAACCGGGCUGUUUCGGGGCUCCGGGAGGGCUGAAGGACAACCGGACUGUGCCGGGGCUCUGGGAGGGCUGACAGGGAGAACCAGGCAGUUUCGGGGCUCCAGAAGGGCUGACAGGGAGAACCGGGCUGUGCUGGGGCUCCGGGAGGGCUGACAGGGAGAACCAGGCUGUUUCGGGGCUCCAGGAGAGCUGACAGGAACAACCGGGCAGUUUCGGGCUCCAGAAGGGCUGACAGGGAGAACCGGGCUGUUUCGGGCUGCCUCGGGCCGUGGGAGCGCAGGUACGUGCUGCGUGCACAGCGAUGCCUUUUCCAGCCUCACGCAGCUGUAAUGGCUUUGCCCCGCGUCCUUUGGUGCGCUGAGGUGUGCGACGAGCCCCGAGGCACGAGAAGGGAUCAGAAAGCCCGAGCGCUGACAAGGACAAGGGCGAUAACCCGGACUGUGGGCCUCUGGGGUUCUCUGUUGUGAGUGGAAAAUUUGUGCUUGGAGUUAUUGAGUGGAAAAUAUUAUGAAGGCCAGGGUCCUGGUAGCACAUUAUUGCACUGAGGAAUUUUAGUGCCACAGAGAGCCUGUUUCUGUCCUGACAUGGAUCAGGUUCAGUCAGCCUCCCCAGACAUCACAGUCACUCAGGGCUCCUUCAAGAAAGUACCCAGUGUCCUGAGCAGCCUCGUGGAGGAACCUAAAAAAAGACAUGCUAUCCCCCAUCACCUGCUGGAAUCAAAGACUUAUUCAGAACGUCAGAGGAGCAGGGUUGUACAGGCUGAGCCUGCUGUGUUACACUAUGGAGGAUAUGAAGUUGGAAAACAUCAUCAACAAAUGCUGAAGCUGAUAAAUAUUUCUACCAAUGCAGUAAACCUUCACAUAAUACCACCCCAGACAAUGUAUUUUCAGAUCAAAUACAACAAAACACACCGGCUUGUCCCUGGUUUGUCCCUUGUGGUUACUGUUGAUUUUUGCCCUGAUGAAUGGAGGUAUUACUAUGACUGCAUCCGAAUUCACUGUGAGGUAGAUGAUACCUUAGUUGUUCCCAUGCAUGCUUACCCUACCACGAAUGUUGUAGAAUUUCCAUCAUUUAUAAAUCUGUCUGAUGUAUCGAUAGGUCAGAGUAAGGAGUAUGUUAUCCCAUUGCAGUGCAGCUGUCCCAUAGAUUUUGAAUUCCACAUUGAUAUCAUUCAGCCUCACAGAGCCUUCACUGUCCAGCCAACAUUUGGAAUCAUUCCAGGCAAUGGAAAAGUCAAAGUAACUGUGAAGUAUUCCCCAUUUGAGUAUGGAACAGCACAAAUGGCAAUGCAGUUACGGAUUUCAGAGUUUCACUCAAAACCCUAUGUGUGUGUAUUCACAGGAACAUCAAUACCACAUCUGGCUCUGAUAAAAGACUAUUUUGAUGAACAACAAAGUCAUCCAGAGAAAAAAGCUAUGCCUGGAAAACCCAUGUUGUGGAGAAGAGACCGGUUCAGCCAACUACAGUCAAAGCCUAUUCAAAAAUUAAAGGAAAUUGAAUACCAGAACCUCAAAUUCCCCACAGACUUGUCAAAUCCGUAUGCUGUAGCUACUGUUUUGAUUCAGGAACCAGGCAAAUUGAAGUUAAAGGACAUAAAAGAAGCCCUGUCCCAAGGCAAAGAAGGGAAAAAAACCAGACAGAUGAAGGAUGCUAUAUUUCAACAAAAAGUCAAACAAAAUGUUCAGGAAGAAGAAGCAAAUCAUCUAAAGUGGCAAGUUCAUAAGGGAAGUGAUCCAAUCUCUGUGGAGUUCAAAAAAGAGAUUAUUGAAAGCCGGCAAAGAGAAGAAGAGCAAUACAAGCUCCAAAGAGGAGAUCCUAUCAUAGAACAGGAGUUUCAGAGGAGUGAAGUAGAAGUUUCCUUCAGACGUGUUACCCGCCAUGUUGACCAGCAACCAAGUGUCCAUCCCACCUUUAACUUGCUCCACAAUAACCCUUGGGACAGCAGAAAGAGGAUGUUCAGGAAAUUCCAGCAAGCAGCAUACAAGAUUUUGGUUCAGAUUCGCCUAAAUCGUUUAUUGCUUCUGUUCCGUGGACUGACCAGGGAGGCCAGAGGUCUGGAGGAAGGGUCUGUGUCUGAAAGCAGGAGUUUCAGCAAAGCAGAGAAGACUGAAGAACAUAAGGACUUUUCUUUCAGCAUGUCUGAAGAUCGUAUUUUGCCUUUUGAAUUCCCCUUUUUCAGUUCCAGUAAACUAGACAGUUAUUUGGCACCUGAUGCUCUUGGCCAAGUUCCUAUUGAAUCUGUAGAUGUGAAAGUUGAACACAUUCUUCCUUUUUACGACUUGAAGGUUCCUCAGCACUGCAACAUUAUGAAGUAUCAACCCUUUUGUACACACUAUGCAGCUACAAGUUACAAACCUGUAAAACUUUCCCGACCACUGAGGCAGGGAGCCAAGGAUGAAUUGAUUCAAGCAGUUCCUUUUCCUGAGGACCAGGUCUCUCAGAGUACGGAGUUUGACAAAAAAGCAGCAGAAGGGGAUAUUAGCCUGCUAAACCUGGUUCCUCCCCAGGCUUUAGUCCAGCCAACAGAGAGCAACCCACUUCGCAUUUUUAACCCCAUUCCAGGAUUAGUUCCAUUUUUAUUUCCUUUGGCCUAUUGUGAAUCAAAUAUGGAAUACCAUCUUUGUCCUCAUCCCAAAUAUACCUUUACCAAGGAAUGUCCCAAAGGAUCCAGUAUUCCAGUCACACAAAAGAAAUUUCUGGAUCACAAGGAAGUGAUUUCUGGAGUAAUGGAAUGGAGAAAAUUCUCACCACUGGAGUAUUCUACUUUUUCUAAUAUUCCCACAUUGACAAAUACAGGACUUGGGGAUCCUUACAGUUUAGAUAUGCUUCCAAGAGAUGUACCACCAGUGCUGAAUGACUUACCUGAAAGAGACAAAGAGAAUGUAAUUGACCAAGAGACAGAUGAAGCUGAGUUCAACAUGAUUCUUACUCCAGAGAUGGUGAAAGCUGAAUUUCCCCAGAUUGAGGGGGAAAAAGAUGAAGAAGAACCAGCAAAAAAAGAAAGUGAUGCAGUGCUUGAUGGAGCUUUUCCUGGAGACCCACACAAUGGUCCAGAUGGACGUUUUCAACUCCAGAACAACACGAUUGGAGAGAAAGUUCAAAAACAUCUGGAGACAUUGAAGCUGAAAGCAAUUAAUAAAACCCUUAUUCUGGGAUAAAACUAAUUUUAAAAAGUGCAUGGCCUUGCUCUGCUUAUCCUGUUCAUGUAUGAAGCCUUCCCUGUCCCAGCUACAUUUAAUUUUGUUCAGUGUUUUGUUCAGCAACUUCACAUGCAAUGAGAAGAGAACCACCAGUAAUGCCACCUCUGUCAAGGACUCUCACUCUGCCUCCUACCCCAAACACAAUUAUUGCUCCAGUGAGAAACCUCAGCCUUGCACCUGCUUAUUUUGUUGUGGUGUGAAGGACCUGAAAACCUCAGUACUACAAUGUAAAUAGUUCAGUAAUUAAUUUACAGCCCACAGUUUUCAAAUAAAAUGUGAAAAGACCUCAUGACC